GAAAAACAAGAAUGGUGGUGGCUAUAUAUUGCAGAUCGGAAGGAGCAGAUGCUAAUAUGUAUGCCAUAUCAUGUUUGUACACUAAAAGAUAAAGAAGAGGUAGAGCUCAAGUUCCCAGCACCAGGCAAGCCUGGCAACUAUCAGUACACAGUUUAUUUAAGAUCGGAUUCAUAUAUGGGAUUGGACCAGAUUAAACCAUUGAAGCUGGAAGUUCAUGAAGCAAAACCAGUGCCAGAAAAUCAUCCACAAUGGGAUACAGCAAUAGAAGGUGAUGAGGACCAGGAAGACAGUGAGGGCUUUGAAGAUAGUUUUGAGGAGGAAGAGGAAGAGGAGGAAGAUGAUGAUUAAACAAUACUAUUAAUUGACUACAAUAUCUGCACACACUGCAAACUCUUGGUCUGACUGUGGAACUUGUACAAUAACCAAGAAACACAGUACAGAAGCUUUGAGAAGGCUGAGUUUAAUUUUUCUUUACCAAUUAAGAGUGCAUUAUGUAACUUCUCAGUGGAGGUGAAACAAAUCUGUUGCCAUUGAUACACCUUGGAAUAUGUUUAUGGCUCAUUAUAGCCUUCAAGUGCAGGACAGUGCAUUUGUUUCAACUGAAAAUAAAAGCUUUUUUAUUAUAAAUGUCCAAAAGUGUGGGCUAUGUAUUGUCUGAUCAGUUUAGGGUCCAAUUUAAAUAAAAGGUACUAUUAGCUAGGAGCAAACUUUAAAUCCAUUUUUCUGCAUUAGGAAUUUAUUUUAGAGAACAUUUUGGUAUAUUUGACAUGACAAAUCUCUGUUGAUUGAAACAACAUCUGCUCAACUUUCCAAGUUGAUUGGUUCUGUGGUAUUCAUUAAAUAUUUUGCUGUGAUACUGUUCCCAUCAUUCAUAGCUUUAAAAAUCUGUUUUACUUAACUUGAUCAUUAUGAAUUGGCAUCAUACCCAUUGCCACAUUCCAUAUAUUCUGGAGGGCUGCUUUUUUUAGGACUGUUGCCUUUUUACGCCCAAGAUUAUAAAGGAUAUCAUAAACUUUCUUGACUCUGCCAUAGAAUAGUUACUAAUGGCUUAAAACAUUUUUAAGCCUGUAUUUCAUCAGAUCAGCAGCAGAUCUGAGUCUUUUGAUAAACAAAAUGUCUAAAAGCAAUUUUGGGACCACAUGUUACGUAAGUUAGUGGCUUUUGUGUAGUGCCUUUAUAGAAGGUACAUCCUAAAAGCCGAAGUAUAUUCUUAAUCUACCUGACAUUGUUGGAAACAUUUUAAGGGUAAAAUACAACAUGCAUAGAGGGCAUGUUUUGUAUCAAUUUUGAAUUCCCAUCAAUAAACUGGAUAAUUUGAUGGC